AUGCAUCUUCUCGCCCUUCUCACCUUUCUCAAGGUCUCACAAGCCUUGCUUGUCCCUUCUCCACCAGGCCCUUAUGCCGUUGCCGUCAAAAAUUUCGAGCUAGUCGAUACAAACCGUAUCGACCAAUUUGCCCCCAAGCCCAAUACAAAACGCCGUCUCAUGGUCUCGGCCUAUCUCCCCAUCGACGCCCAAUACGGCUGCAAAGACGAAGUUGUACCAUAUGUGCCUGCCCUUACAGCAAAGGCCUAUGGUAAGGUGGCCGGAACCCUUGGCCUUCCAGACGACAUAGUCAAGAAUUUCGAGAUGAAGGUCUGCAACAUCUCAACUGUCAAGCCAAAGAGGUUUCAUAAGCCGGAGAAGGAAUAUCCCGUGGCGCUUUUCUCACCAGGUUAUCAAGGUUCAAGGCUUGUGUACGGUGCCAUGGCAAGGUCGCUUGCAAGUCUUGGAUAUAUCAUUCUCACUGUGGAUCACACUUAUGAAGCCUUUGUGGUUGAGUUCCCUGAUGGGACUGAUGCACCUGCUGCCGAAUUUCCGGAUAACAUGAACUCGACGUAUCGACAGCUCGAGGUUCGAACUCGUGAUGAAUCCUUUGUUAUCUCGCAGCUGUGCAACCACACACUCGUGGAAAGUGUCUUCGGUGACUUCCCUGGCACCUUCGACCCUCACAAAGUUGCUGUAUAUGGUCACUCUUUUGGUGGAUCAACUGCCGCCGUCACAGCCCAACGCGAUCGCCGUGUCAUUGGAGGUCUCAAUUUUGACGGUCCAAUGUAUGGAUCUGUAGUUGAAGAAGGCUUAAAGGGCACCCCUUAUGUGCUGGUUGGAACAAACAUGACGUCUGAUCCAGUUCCUGGUUGGAAUGCAUUCUACGACAAGAUUGAUGCUGCCAAGAUGGAGAUGGUAAUCAAGAACACACGUCACUAUGCCUUUACAGAUGUUCCGCUACUGUUGACUGAGUUUCGCAUUCCAGCUAAGUUAGAAGCUCAGGUUCAUGAGGUAUUUGGGACGCUUAGUGGAAGGAAGGUCGAGAAGGCGGCGAAUGAGAUUAUGGUUGGAUUCUUGGACUUGGUGUUCAAGAAAGAUACCAAGAAGCUCAAAGCUAUUGGUAAGAAGGAUGGGAUUCAUGUUUUCCAGCGUGAUCUUGCAUAA